GAACCCACUCCAAGUUUUAUUCAGCCUUUCUAAUCAAGUGGCAGGGACUCAAUGACCCUGUUGUUAUGAACACUAUCAAACCAUGUGCUUUCAAUACCCGAAAUAAACUGGACAAUUUCAUUGACUUUGUUGCUGGAAUUCAUGACUCAGAUUUGGGCUUUGUGGACUGUGUGAGACCAAAACCAAGAAGUGAAGAAAUCAAGAUUUUGAAAGAAUCUGCUCACUCACUCGUGAAUUCUAGGUUCUUACUGUUACUAGAUGUGUACACAAACAGCAAUAAUCGCCAGUUGAUUGUUCUCAACAGAGCAUUCAAGAUGUGA